UGCGGAGACAAUAGGACGCAGAGCCGGAGGAGGCUGCAGGAUGCUCGACACCACAUCCACCGACGCUGCUCGGAGGCUUCUCGCUGGACACCGAUAUCAGACGUUUCUCUGGGCUCACCUGGUCUUAGUAUGUGCUCACAUCUCCCUGUGUGUUUACCAGUAGCAGCCUGGGCCGACAGGGCGGACUUCACAGUCUCCAUAUGGGUAUCAACUGAAAGUGACACCAGCUGUUAGCUGCUAUUGCUGCUCCUGUCCUACCCGAGUCAGUUUUUUUUGCACCCUGAAGCAGUCCGCACCAUGACCUCCUCUCCGCUGGUUUCUCGAGCCAACAUGGACAUCCUGGAUGAGCUGCAGCUGAUUGCUGCCCAAAAUUUGGAGAGACUAGAGGUCAACAAGUACUACGAGGUGAUCAGAGAGCUGGGCAAGGGAACCUAUGGCAAGGUGGAUCUGGUCAUUCACAAGAUCAGAGGUACAAAAAUGGCACUGAAGUUCCUGAAGAAGAAGACAACCAAGCUGAAGUCUUUUCUACGGGAGUACAGCAUCUCCCUGUACCUGUCUCCGUGCCCCUUCAUCAUCAACAUGUUUGGCAUCGCCUUCGAGACCGACGAGUACUACGUGUUUGCACAGGAGUACGCCGUGGCGGGAGACCUCUUCGAUAUAAUUCCUCCACAGGUCGGUCUUCCUGAAACAGUAGCAAAGCGCUGUGUACACCAGGUAGCCAUCGCUCUGGACUACCUGCACUGUAAGAAGCUGGUCCAUCGGGACAUUAAGCCUGAAAACAUCCUCAUCUUUGACCGAGAGUGCCGCAAGGUCAAGCUCUCUGACUUCGGAAUGACUCGCCGGGCUGGCUCACCAGUGAAAAGAGUGAGCGGCACCAUCCCCUACACAGCUCCGGAGCUCUGCGAUGUGUCCCGCCACGAGGGCUUCUGCGUGGACUACAGCACUGACGUCUGGGCCUUCGGUGUGCUGCUGUUCUGCAUGCUGACUGGUAACUUCCCUUGGGAGAAGGCUCUGCCCUCUGACUCUUUCUACCAGGAGUUCAUCCGUUGGCAGAGGAGGAGGACGAACACGGUGCCGUCGCAGUGGAGGCGCUUCACCGAGCAGGCCCUUCGCAUGUUCCGCCGCCUGCUAUCGGUGGAGCAGGACCGCCGCUGCUCCGUCAAAGAAGUGUUCGGGUACUUCAGCCACUCCUGGAUGUUAGACGCGGAGAACGAUAACAACAACGGCAACACGGUCGCUGGAGGUGGCGGCGAAAGAGUUAGUGGCGGAGGCGGCGGAGGCGGAGGAGGCGGAGGAGGUGGAGGAGGAGUCCGUGGGGAGGUGGACGGCACAAUCUCGUCAUCAUCGUCCGGGGAAGAAGACGAGGAGCUUCUCGUGGAGAGGAUGAAGCAGCAGACUCUGUCACCUCGCUCCCCAGUGUCGCCCCUCUCUCCCAUGUUGCCAAUGGCGGUGAAGAGGGGGAGCGGAGGCAGCGGGGCCAAAGGAGGGAUGAUGGAACCCGGCGGGGGCCACCAUUUCGUGUCCGUCUCCACCAACAGCUCCGUGUCAUCCACCAACAGCUACGAUCGAAUGCCCCGAGAAAACGGCUCACCUGGCGGCCGCAUGCUAGUGCCGACACCCAUAGAAAUCUGCGUCUGAGCAUGUCAGGGCUCACCGGCACACACUUUUAUACCUCUCAUCCAACCACGUAGAUGUUCAUGCAUGGGAAAAGAAACAAAGCGAUAACAAAGCACUAACACGUCUCCUGUUUUAAACAUUGUGGGAAAGGAAGAGCGCAGACACACACGCGCCGGAGGACUUCCGAGGACGUCUUUGUAGAACGCACACAUCCCUCAUGAUUGGUCGAAUGUCCUGUUUUAACACUUGGAAUUCAAGGACACGUUCAAAAUGCAAGUGUAGAAAAAUGAAGAAAAAAACGCUACAUUAGAGAUUUCACCACUAAAUCGAUCUGACAAGAAGACCAAAAUAUAUUCCUUAAAGCAAUACUUGCAGCAAAAAAAAUGAAUUAAAAUAACAUAAAAAGAUAAAAAAGUCAGCAGGAGUUGGGCAGAACUCCUCGUGAUCUCUUCAACACUGAUAAGAAGGUUUUUUUUAAGAAGCCAAGGGACAAAAGAUUCGUGUUUUUGACCGAAACAGAGCUCAAGCUAACACCUUACAAGAUAAAAAGACUGACUGAGCCGUGGUUUCAGUGUUUUACUUGUAACAAGAAGAUGAAAGUGUGAAUGUGUCCGUGUGCGUCGCCGUGCGUUUGAAUCUAAAACAAGUAGUUUAAUUUUUCUUUGAGAAUUUUAUUAUUUAUUUGAAUCUUUAAAA